UCCCUCCCGCCCCCGGUCCCUUUAACGGGCGCGCCUCGCGCUAGCUCCGCCCUCCCGGUCCGUGGCGUCAUCACCGCGCGUCCGGUUUCGCCCCGCAGCGGGAGGGGAGGUCGGCCGCAGGCAGGAGUCGGGGAGCGGGGCCCGGGGGGGAAGCACCAUGGCCGGGGUGGGCUUCGAGGAGUUCUCGGUGCCCCCGGGCUCGGAGCUGGCGCUGCCCCCGCUCUUCGGGGGGAACAUCCUGGAGAGCGAGCUGGAGACGGAGGUGGAGUUCGUGGACGGGGGGCUGAGCGGGGACAACCUGCAGGACGAGGAGGAGGAGGAGAGCCAGCAGCGGCAGCGGGAGCUGGGCCGCCGGAAGAUUCAGGCGCUGGGCCGGCGCUGCAAGGAGAUCGAGCAGGUCAACGAGAGGGUGUUGAACCGACUCCACCACGUGCAGAAGAUCACGCGGCGGCUCAAGCAGGAGAGGAGAUUCCUUAUGAGGGUCCUGGAUUCCUACGGGGAUGACUACAGACAGAGCCAGCUCACCAUUGUCCUAGAGGACGAAGGCAGCCCCAGUCCAGAAGCCCCCACCCCAGGCAAUACUGAGAAUGAACCUCCAGAGAAGGAGACCCCCCGACGCUUCCCUGGUCUCCCACCGGCCGGUCCAGAGCCAAAGAGCCCAUCCCAGGCGGAAACCCCCACUGGGAAGAAGCGUCGCCGGCACGGGCGUGAGGACAAGGAGCAGAGGGGCAGGCGGCUGGCCCCUGCCCUCCUCCCCAUGGAUGACUUCCCUGCACAGCUCAAAGAAGAGGAUGAGUUCCCCUGUGACCAGGAUGCCGUACUGAGCUCCAGCUGGCCCCUGCCCCGGCCCCGGGACAAGCUCCUCCAUUACCCCAAGUUCUCCAGCCCCGGGGCCUGCGCUGAUUUCGACUGAACCCUCCUGAAACUGACCAGGCCCCUCGCUCCGGCCCUCGAGGGGUUAAACCAGGAGGGGUGCAGCCCUUCCCUGUGGACUGAAGAGUUAAUCCCCUGUAUACCAGUCCCUAAGCAGGGACAGGGUGGGGAGCCCCCAGCUGGCUGGGAGGAGGUGGUUUCCCAGGGUGGGUAAAACUCCUGCCGGAAUCUUUCAGGCUUAAAAGCCCCGUGGAGCAGGGCAGCUCGCAUGACAGGGAAAUAAAGAGAUGCUGGCCUGGGCCACAGCGCACAACCAGCGUGAACUCUGCUGUGCCGAGCUGGAGGAGGGGGUGGGGAUGCUGGGUUCUGGCCCUGGGAGGGUAGUGGGGUCUCGUGGUUGGGGGGAGGAUGUGCUGGGCUAUAGGACAGCUGGGUUCUCUCCCUGGCUCUGGAGGGGGAGUGGUGUCUAGUCUUUUUGUUUGCACAGCCCCAUGGCCCCUGCAUUGCUACCCCCUUAAUAAUAAAUGGAGUCAGGACACCUGUGUUCUAGUCCCUGAUUCUCUACUGGGUCCGGGCCCCGCUGCAAGCCCCCGUAGAGCUUUAAUAAACACUGCAUGAUCUGUGGGUAUGUGGAGCGAGCCAGCACUGGGCCAGGGCCCUGCCUCUCCCCCCCCCCAGGUAUAGACUGUCCUGCUCCUCAGUGUAAUUAAACUGUGCAU